AUAUUCCUCCUACGUGCCGCCCGCGCAUGCCACGAAGGAAUAACCAUAUCCUCGUAGACUUUAAUACAAAAUUGAAUUUGCUCGCGCUUAUGUACUUGACUUUUCAACUUUUUUAUCCUCGCUUUUCUCUUGCACCACUCAACUAAUUCAACCGGAUGACACGGUUGACUAUUCUUGCUUUAGCGUGAAAUUUACUCGCUCGCUCAACAUUGUUAGGUUAGGCGCGGAGCGCCUAAUCAAACGGACCUAGUUAUUUCUUACUACACAGUGCAUUGUAUACAUAGAGUAUGUAUGCAAACUUCUAUCUAAAAUUAGUGUUGAAUUAUUACAUAUCUGACAUAGAACUUGUAGUUUUAGAGAGGCUUUGAUGCGCGUCAAGAGGAUCGACAAAAAAAAAUACAUUUUUCUAUCUCAAGUGUUGGGAAAUAUAUGUGGGUGUUUAUGUAGCAAACUAGCAGGACGAAUAUCAAUGUACUCUACUUCCUUUUUGUCGUUUUGUGUCCGUUCACGAAGACUCGGCUAAUCUAUAGGUGUCUAUAAAAAAGAAACAAAUGAAUUUAAAAACUAAUUUGUUUGGAGUACUAUAUCUUUAAAAUCGCUACACAUAAACGUGUAAGAGUACAGGAUCGGAGAACAAAAUGAUUAUAAGAAAAAUGUAUAAAAUGAUUAAUAUAUAUACAUUUAUUGUUAUUGUUGAUAUAAUAUCCAUGAGCAUGGGAAAUGAUUAUUAUGAAAUUCUUGGUGUAAGCAAAACAGCUGAUUUGAAAGAGAUCCGAAGAGCAUUCAAGAAAUUGGCAGUGGCAGAACAUCCUGAUAAAAAUAAUGAUGACCCCGUAGCUCAUGAUAGAUUCAUUCAAUUAAAAAAAGCUUAUGAAACACUGAAAGAUCCAGUUUUAAGGAAAACAUAUGACAACUAUGGAGAGAUGGGUCUUGAUAAUACAAACAGAGGAGGAGGUUUUUAUUCUUGGAAUUAUGAAAAUGAUUUUGAAUUAUAUGCUAAUGAUCCUGAAAUUAUUAAGCUCAAUAAUAAUGAUUAUUUUGAAAGUGUUAUAAACACAGAAAAAGCAUGGAUAAUAAAUUUUUAUUCUCCCAUGUGUAGUCAUUGUCAUCGUCUUGCACCAGUUUGGAGGAAACUUGCAAAAGAAUUUGAUGGAGUUGUACGAAUAGGAGCUGUAAAUUGUGAGGAUGAAUGGCAACUUUGUCAUCAGAUUCCAAUACAAUCUUAUCCCACUUUAAUGUAUUAUCCAAAGUAUUCAAAAGAUGGAGAACGUUAUAGGGGUGAAAAGACAUAUACUGCCAUUACGGAUUUUAUUUUAAACAAUUUGGAGGUUGAUAUACACGAAAUAGACGAAUCAUUGGAAAAUUUUAUUUUACGUGGUAAUAAUGGAACAACGAAACAUAUAUUAAUAUUUGUUUGUGGUGUACAUCGAAACUGUUUUAUGUCUGUCGAUCGUCUCAAAAUCGCAGCAAUAUUCGAAAAUGUGAUUGAUGUAAAAAUACUUUCCUGUGAUGAAGAAGAGAAGUGCAAAAAUAUGGCAGAUUCUCAAGAUAUUAACGCGAUUUACUUGUCCGCGUUUAAGAAUAAUUCUUGGCACGUUGUUCGUUUCAAAAAUAUAAACAAAGCAGAAGUGUUAAUAGAGAAAUUGUUGGAACAUUUACCAGAUCCUGACGAACUUGAUGAUGAUGAAUUUUAUAAUAUUAAGAAAUAUUUGGACGAAGGAAAUAUAUCCGACUCGAGUUGGCUUUUAUAUUUUUAUAUUGGAAAAAUGACUGAACUAGAUGCAUUACUGAAACGACUUUUUAGUAAUAUUAGCGUUGUUAAGAUAGGUAAAAUUAACUGUGGCAAACAUUCACGUAUUUGCAGUACAUUUAAUGUAGAUCAUUACCCAAUGUGGGGUAUUCUUAAACCAGGAGGAGCAUUCGAGUUCUAUCGUGGAAAGGAUCUAUUUAAUGAUAUCGUUAAAUUCGUGUACAGUAGUAUAAAGUCAUUAAAUGUGUGGACAUUGAACGAAAAACAAGUGAUAUCCAUAAUGGAAGGAAAGAAUGCCAAUGAAGCAUGGUUUCUGGAUUGGUAUGCACCAUGGUGUCCUCCUUGCAUGCACUUUUUGAAAGAAGUUCGCAAAGCAUCAAUGGAAUUUGACAAAUCUGUAGUUCGCUUUGGGACUAUAGAUUGCACCGUAUAUACUACAAUUUGUCAGCGACAGAACAUACGUUCAUAUCCAACUGCGAUGCUCGUAAACGGAACCAAUGUUCAUAAAUUUUCAAUGCUGAAAACAGCUGCCAACAUUGUUCAAUUUAUUACUGAAACGCGAAAUCCCACCGUGAUACGACUCUCGUUAAAUAAUUUCGAGGAUGAACUUGGACAAAGAAUGGGUAAACAUAUUUGGUUCAUCGAAUAUUUUGCACCGUGGUGCGCACCUUGCCAACGACUAAUACCCGAAUGGAUUUCCGUCGCGAACUCUCUAUCUAUACUUUCAUCCGUAAAAGUAGCCAGUGUCGAUUGCGAAGCGGAAUCUGUUUUAUGCGCAUCUCAAGGAAUACGUAGUUAUCCCACUAUAAGGAUAUAUUUGAACGAAAAUAACGAUUUAUCUAAAUUUGUUUCAUAUAAUGGACAACGAGAUUCAGUUUCAAUAUUACAAUGGUUCGUACAAUUUCUCCCGCGGAAAGUAAGGGAUUUGAAUCCAUCGACUUUAAAAAGAGAGGUAUUAAACGAUAGAAACACGUGGAUCGUUGAUUUUUAUGUUCCAUGGUGUGAACAUUGUCGAAAACUUGAACCUCAGUUGGCUUUAGUAGCUCAAUUGAUGGGGAAAAAGAUACAAUUUGGUCGACUCAACUGUGAAAUUUAUAUUAACGAGUGUGCUGCUGCUGAAGUUAGAUUUUAUCCAACAUUGAUGGCGUAUGAUUUUCGAUAUAGUGCAAAAAAACUUGCGAACGGUUACCAAAUUAGCGAUACAGUGGCAGACAGUAUAAAACGUAGUAUUCUAGACUUUGUUGCCCGCAUUAAUCACGAUGAAUUAUAGAAUCUUUAAUUGUACGGUUUAUAUACAUAUCGGGCAUCGAAUAUUACUAACAGGAACAAAAUCAAUAUUUGUAAGACUAUUCUUUUGUAAUAUAAUUAUUUACAUUGUAACACUGCCAAAGUUAUUAGAUAUAGUAAAAUAUUUUCUAUGCAUUAUCUUAAUCCUUACGCUUCCCAACUAAUCCAUUAUACUUACUUGUAAAAUAAAAGAAAUAAAUUUGCUACAAGUUUUUCCUUUUUUUUUUUUAAAUAAAAGCACAAAAGAAAUAUUGAACAAGAAUAUAUAUUUGUUUGUAAAAAUGCAUUUAUUUACAUACGGAGGCAGUGCUGAUAUCAAAUGCAGUGGUUUGUCGUGUAUAUGCAAUUGUUUUGGUCAUAGCUUUAAGUGUUAAAUAUAAUUUGUUAUAGGCAUUUUAAAAAAUUUCCCAUUUCGGUUACAAUUAUAACGUUUAACAAUCACCGUUUAUCAAAAUGCGAAUCAUGAUUCACGUUAAAUAUAUUCUAGCCGUCAUGGGAGAGCAAGUUCAACGUUCAUUUCCGUUGAAGAAACGAGGAAAAGGUAGAACAAAAUUUCACAAACAUUCGAAAGAAAUCUGUGUUUUCCUUUUCAUAAGUGUAGUAUUUGAAAGAAUACGUGUAAUAUUAAGUUAAAAAUGCCAAAAGUCAUUUCUGGAGGUGAUAAUUUUACAGUUUUAAAAAAAUGGUCGUCUUCCUUUCGGUUAACCAAUAGGCAAACAAAUGUCCAACAGCGAUAUAAAAUAAUUUAUUGACGUAGUAUUCGUAAAUAUAGUGUAUUCUUUUGAACGUUUACAAAAUGAUAACGUCCGUCGAUGUGUUUAGCGUCGCAUUAUUGGCUAA